AUGAAGCCCCCUCCCUCACCAGCCCCCCCAGGUGAUGAGAGACCCCCCGACAGCAGCCUCCAAACUUGGGGGGCUGGGGGGCAACCCCCCAACCCAACCAGCAUCUCCCGGAGCCUCCACCUGCACCGCCAAGAGCGUGAAGCCUUCUUCACUCUGCUGGAAGACAACGUGGUGCAGGAGUUUCUCUCGACGGAUGUGUGCUGCAGGGUUUCUGACAAGUACCUGUUGGCGAUGGUGCUGAUGUACUUCAAGCGCGCUGGCUUGUCCACCACCGAGUACACCCGGAUCAACCUCUUCACCGCCCUAUACCUGGCGAAUGACAUGGAGGAGGAUGAGGAGGAGCAGAAGUACCAGAUCUUCCCCUGGGCUCUGGGCCGGCGCUGGCGGCGCCUCUUCCCCCGCUUCCUCCGGCGCCGUGACCGGCUCUGGGCCCGGAUGAGUUACCGGGCGGCCGUCAGUCGGCAUUGCUGUGAGGAGGUGGGU